CCUCAGGCCUCCACAAUGUGGGCCCCUGCUUGUGGAACCCAGCCUCCUCCUCACUGGCUGCUGGUUCUGCUGUUGGGACUCACAGGUGCGGCUGGUGAGGCGAGGCUGCAGGUGAUCCAGCCUGACAAGUCAGUGUCUGUCAUAGCUGGACAGACAGCCACUCUGUACUGCACCAUGACCUCCCUGUUCCCCCCAGUGAUGGUUCAGUGGUUCAGGGGGACAGGGCCAGGCCGGGAGUUAAUCUUCAGUUUCAAAGGAGGACACUUCCCCCGAGUAACAAAUGCUUCAGACACCACAAGGAGAAACAACACAGACUUUUCCAUCUGUAUCACUAACAUCACCCCAGCAGACACCGGAACCUACUACUGUGUGAAGUUCCAGAAAGGGACCCCUGAUGUGGAGUUUAAGUCUGGACCAGGCACCCAGGUCACUGUGAGUGCCAAACCCUCUCCCCCCACCCCUGUGGUGUCAGGCCCCACGGCCAGGGCCUCGCCGGAGCAGACAGUGAAUUUCAUCUGCAAGUCCCACGGCUUCUCCCCCAGAAACAACACCCUGAGAUGGUUCAGAAACGGAAAUGAGCUGGCAGCCUCCCAGACCAGCGUGGACCCAGAAGGAAACAGAACUUCCUACAACAUCUCCAGCACAACCAGGCUGGUGCUGGCCCCGGGGGACGUUCGCUCCCAGGUCAUCUGGGAGGUGACCCAUGUGACCCUGCAGGGGGGCCCUCCUCUUCGUGGGAUUGCCAACCUGUCUGAGGUCCUCCGAAUUCCGCCCACCAUGGAGGUUUCCCAGCAGCCCCUGUCACGGGACCAGGUGAAGGUCACUUGCCAAGUGAAGAAGUUCUACCCCCAGCACCUCCAGCUGACCUGGUUGGAGAAUGGCAACGUGUCCUGAACAGAAAUGGCCUCAAGGGCCUCAAACCUCGUAGAGAACAAGGAUGGGACCUUUAACUGGACGAGCUGGCUCCUGGUGAACUCAUCUGCCCACAGGGAAGAUGUGGUGUUCACCUGCCUGGUGCAGCAUGACGGGCAGCCCGCAGUCACCAGAAACCAUACCCUUGUGGCCUCUGCACACCAGAAGGACCAGGAAACCCAUAAAACCCAGGAGUCAAGGCCAUCUACUCCAAUCCUGAUGGCUGUCACCCUGGGCCCGAAGCUGCUGCUGCUCAUCACUGUCUCUGCCAUCUAUGUCCACAAGAAGCGAGGGUCUGAUUGUAAGUUGUGGGUCAUGGAGGGCGGGCCAAGAGACCCACCUGCCCACAGUCCCUUCUGCUCCUUCUAA